CGAUCCUGCAGGCUACAACAGAAGCCACAGUUGCAGCGCUGCAUCCUGAUACACAGAGGAAGAAAAGCAUGAAUAUUCUACUUCUUCUAGUUAUCUCUACAGGGGCAGUUUACUCCACUCCCCUAGAUGACAGGAUCGUAGGAGGGUACGAGUGCGAGAAGCACUCGGUACCCUACCAGGUGUCCUUGUUCUCAGGGUCCAAUUUCUGCGGGGGGACUCUCCUCUCCAGUGAAUGGGUACUCUCCGCUGCACACUGCUACCAAAAAUCUCCCGUAGAGGUCCGCCUGGGGGAGCACAACAUCUGGGAGGCUGAAGGCACAGAGCAGCACAUCAUGUCCGGCAGCUUCAUCCGUCACCCAGACUACAGCUCCCGUACCCAGGACAAUGACAUCAUGCUGAUCAAACUGAGCCGCCCCGCCACCCUCAACAGCUACGUUCAGUCUGCCAGCCUCCCCACUCAGUGUGCUGCUGAUGGGUCAACCUGCCAGAUCUCUGGCUGGGGGAGCCUCCGCCCCAGCAAUGAGGGCUCGAGGUACCCCCACACCCUACAGUGUCUGGAAGCCCCCCUGCUGAGUGAUGACACCUGCUUCAACGCUUAUCCUUUCCAGAUCACGGAGAACAUGAUCUGUGCGGGCUUCCUGGAGGGAGGCAAGGACUCCUGUCAGGGCGACUCUGGUGGUCCCAUGGUGUGUGAUGGGCAGCUGCAGGGGGUUGUGUCCUGGGGGCAUGGCUGUGCUCUGAAGAAGAAGCCUGGAGUCUACACCAAAGUGUGUAACUACGUCUCCUGGAUCAAGAACACAAUGGCAUCAAGCUAGACAGCCCUCAUUGGUCCAGA